AGAGAGAGGAUGUCCCUACAAUCCAUUCAUCAGUCCAUCUAUCGGCUCUCUGCAUGUUAAUUCUUUUGUUUCGGGCAAUUUUGUUUUUCAACCAGGACCAUGUGAAGCUGUCUGGAAGAGCGGUGGAAAAUUCUCACAUUACUUUCUGGAAGUGUACAUGUUCCUUCUCCUUUUUUAAAAAGAAGAAAAAAAGACUGAGCUGGACUGAAUUUGUGUCUAGUAUUUUCUUUCUUUUCAGUUUUUUAUUUUUUUUUUUCCUGGAUUCAAGAGAGGAGAAGCAUGGAAGAAAGAAGUGGAGGAUAGACGUAAUAGAAAUCAUAUCAAAAGCCCUGGAAAGUGAAGUGUUGAAGAAUGACAGGACUUAAAUGGGACCCCUUGUACACAGAAGUGACGUCUGACAUCCGGGUUAAAACAUUGCCCGUUCUUUCAUGUGUGGGGAUACCCAGCUCAGCUGACAGCAAACCAGUCAUUCGGACUUUUUUUGUUCAACGUCUAGUAACUAUCUCUUCUAAUCAGCAUGCCUCUUAAAACCUUUAAAAUAUGACACAUCUGCAGCAAUAGGUGGAAAGAUGCAGAUUGCAACAGCUGCAUGGAUGAGCUGUUGUAGCUUGGGAAACGCUGGGAAUGCCAUUAAAUUGUGCAGAAGUGGGCCACGCAGGAGGAGGCUGAUGAUGCUGAUGUGGAUUAUCCUCUCUGGCUCACUGUGCCUGAUGGUUGACGGCCAGAUGAAGAUCCCACCAGAAACUGUGCAGCAGUGGGCUGUGUCCUUUGGGAAAGAGAUUGCUGCUUUGUCGAAUAGAUACUCUGGAGCUAAACUUUUACAGAAGAAAUAUAAGGAUGUGGAGGGCGUGGUGAAGAUGGAGGAGGUUAACGGUGAAGAGCUGGCAAAGAAGUUUGCAGAGGAAAUGGAGGAGAUGCUCGGAAGGAAAAUGAAAUCAGUGAAGAGAUUAGCAGAAGCAGCAGAAGAUGCUGAUCUUGGGCAUGAAUACAAUGAAACACUAGAGUUUGACUACUUUAACUCCCUGUUGAUCAACACUGUGGAUGAGGAGGGCUAUCCAAUACCACUUGGUGGAGAAUUCCUCUUGGAGGAAAAUGAACAUUUCAAUAAACUUCCAGUUAGCACACAGCAGAGUAACAUCCAAGUUCCUACAAAUGUUUACAAUCGAGAUCCUGAUAUUCUAAAUGGGGUCUACAUGUCUGAGGCUCUGAAUGAUAUUUUUAUUGAUAAUUUCCAGAAGGAUCCAACUCUCACCUGGCAAUAUUUUGGCAGUGCCACAGGCUUCUUCAGGCUCUACCCAGGAAUCCAGUGGAUUCCAGAUGAAAAUGGCGUGGUCACCUUUGACUGCAGAAACAGAAACUGGUACAUACAGGCUGCCACUUCUCCCAAAGACGUGAUAAUCGUGGUGGAUGUGAGUGGCAGCAUGAAGGGGCUGAGACUGACGAUAGCCAAGCACACAAUUAAUACCAUCCUAGACACUCUGGGAGAAAAUGACUUUGUAAACAUCAUAGCUUACAGUGACUAUGUUCGCUACGUGGAACCCUGUUUCAAGGGCAUGCUGGUACAAGCUGAUCUGGAUAACAGAGAGCACUUCAAGCUUUUGGUGGAUGAGCUUCAAGUCAAAGGAGAAGGCAAAGUAAAAAAAGCAAUGAAGGAGUCUUUCAAGGUCCUUAACGAGGCUGCUGCACUGGGGCAGGGCAGUCUGUGCAACCAGGCCAUCAUGCUGAUAACAGACGGCGCCAUGGAGGACUUCAAGGAUGUUUUCGAAGAGUUUAACUUUCCAGAACGUCGGGUCCGAGUGUUCACGUAUCUCAUUGGGCGCGAGAUGACUUUUGCUGAAAAUGUUAAAUGGAUCGCCUGCAACAACAAGGGUUAUUACACACACGUGUCCACACUGGCUGAUGUUCAGGAAAACGUCAUGGAAUAUCUCCACGUUCUCAGUCGACCAAUGGUUAUCAACCAUGACCACGACAUCAUCUGGACAGAGGCCUACAUGGAUAGUGUGCUACCCAAUAAAGAUGAGCUGUUUAACACUCAGGCACAGAGUUUGCUCCUGAUGACCUCAGUCGCCAUGCCUGUUUUCAGUAAGAAGGAAGAAACUCUGUCUCAUGGGAUUUUGCUGGGCGUGGUAGGAACAGAUGUGGCCUUAAGAGAAUUGAUGAAAUUAGCUCCAAGAUACAAGCUGGGUAUCCAUGGUUAUGCCUUCCUCAUCACCAAUAAUGGUUACAUCCUGUCUCAUCCAGAUCUACGGCCUCUGUAUAAAGAGGGAAAGAAACUGAAGCCUAAACCAAACUACAACAGUGUGGAUCUGUCAGAGGUUGAAUGGGAGGAUACUGAGGAGAAACUGAGGACAGCCAUGGUCAAAGGAGAAACCGGCACAAUGUCUUUAGAUGUGAGAUCUUCAGUGGACAAAGGAAGGAGAGUAAUCUUUUUGAAGAAUGAUUAUUUUUACACCGUCAUAAAUGAGACACCAUUCAGUCUUGGUAUAGUCUUGAGUAGAGGGUAUGGAGAGUACAUCUUCUCAGGAAAUGUCUCACUGGAUGAAGGUCUUCAUGACUUAAUCACUCCAGAUCUGACCUUAGCCAAUGAGUGGACCUAUUGUGAGAUAGAUAUCGACCCAGCACAUCGCAAACUGACCCAGCUGCAGGCUGUCAUAAAAUAUCUCACUGGGAAAGAAAAAGAUCUGCGCUGUGAUACACAGUUGUUGCAACAGACUCUAUUUGAUGCUGUUGUUACAGCACCUAUGGAAGCAUACUGGACUGCUCUCAUGCUUAACACAUCUAGUAUGGAUGAUGGUGUUGAGACUGCUUUCUUGGGAACUCGUUCAGGCCUGCAGAGGUUCCUGAGAUACACGGGUGUUGAAAAAAGAGUUGGCAAGUCUUUCCUGACCUCCACAGAUAAAGAAAAUAUGUUCACUCUGGACCAUUUCCCUGUGUGGUACCGGAGAGCAGCAGAGUAUCCAAUCGGACAGUUUCUGUACUACAUGCCCAGACAGGACACAAGAGCAGGAAGAAUUGUGAUUAGCUCCACUGCUGUGACUGUGACGGUGGGCAAGAAAACAGCCAUCGCUGGAGCUGUUGGGGUUCAGAUGACUCUGGAGGUGCUUGAAUCCAAAUUUAGGACCAUCGCUGCACAGCCGAAUGACACAGACUGCUCCUCCAUAGAGGGGGUCUGUCCUCUUCGUUGCGACAGCUUUGACAUCGAGUGCUACGUGAUUGACAAUAAUGGCUUUGUCCUCAUUUCUAAACGGCGCAGUGAUGCGGGAAGGUUCUUUGGUGAAACGGACGGAUCGGUGAUGACCACGUUGAUCCAAAUGGGCAUGUUUAAGAGGGUCUCAUUGUUUGACUAUCAGGCCAUGUGUAAGACCAACCCUCACUCUGUCAGCAGCGCUCGCCCACUUCUCAGUUCAUUCUAUGCUUUGGCUUCAACCUUCAAAUGGUUCCUCUCUAACAUCCUACUGUUCCUACUGGAGUUCAAUUUCUGUAGCUUCUGGCACUCAGAGCAUUUUGCUGACGCUAAACCAUCCUUCAGCCGCACUUAUGUUCCCAAGAAAAAAUGGAACAUCUUGCAGCCAUGUGACACCGAGUACCCAAGCUUCAUUUACGAGCCGUCAGUCAAGGAGACCAACAGCAUUAUUAAGUGCGGACGGUGCCAGAAAAUGUUUGUAGUUCAACAAAUACCUGAAAGCAACCUGUUGAUGUUGGUGGUACAAGGAGACUGCGACUGCUCCAGACAGUACCCGCCCAUCACCUUGGAGCCCAAAGAAGUCAAAUAUAUCGCGUCGGUGAAGUGCGACAGGAUGAGGACCCAGAAAAUCCGGAGACGUCCCGAGUCCUGCCACUCCUAUCACCCACAGGAGAAUGCUAACGACUGUGGCGGCGCAUCUUUUAUAUGUCUCUCAGGCCCUCUCCUUCUCCUCUGCCUCUCCCGCGCUGCGCUCGUUUCCUGAUGCCAGAAAAAGUUCCUCUUUCUUUUUUUUUUUUAAACAAAAUCGACUCUAAAAGGACAAGACACGUUUGCACACAAAUCACCUCAAGUGGACUUCUUUGGAAGCAGAUUCUACAUGUUUAUCUGCAGACUGCAAAGCGUGUGGACAUUUUAUACGAACUAAAAACGAAAACUAACUUAAGUAGGGAAUCUCUAUUUGGGUUCAGAACAAGUCAUCAAUAUUAAUACAUCAUAAAGGUUAAUAUGCAAAUUAGUGAUAUUAGGUGUAGAUGGGUUCUUUAGCAGACUUUUCCUGUCUCAAAUAUGUAAUUUACUUAUUGAUGCUGCUAUGGCUAAACAGGCCUUUUAAAUUGAAGUGCUACAAAGGUUUCGUGCAAUUCAUGCUGAUCUAAUAAAUGAUUUCAAAUACAGCUUACAGUAUAAAAUCUCAACCAAAGAUCAUUCACACUCCAUCCACAAGAGGGCAGCAAAGUGCUUCCAAUACGGUCAUUGGUAUCUGUCAAAUCUCGAGACCAGAAGCAGCUUGAAGUAAAUUUGGGAUUAUUGUUUUUAAGAGGAGUUAGAAACGCAAAAGGGGGAAAAAAGCAAACAAAACUCAGUUGAACUUUGCAGAAAUAAAUGCUUAUUCUACAUGUUGGAGGAAGCAUGCGCUUUUCCUGUAUGUGAACACAGACUUAGAUUCUGGCUAUAUUCUGAGGCUAAAGAAGUAUGAGCAGGCAAAUAUGUAUGCAUAAUAAAGAAUCAAGAUCUGUGCAUAAAAAUGAGAGUAUCAUGUACAUAUGUGAAAAAUAACUUAUAUUUAGCAAAGAUUUUUAAAGUAGGGGGCGAGGGGCCAGAAUGAUUUGCUGAAUUUUUAUCAGGAUUUCACCUUAAAACACGUCUUUCUAUUUACCUUUCACUUUUGAUGAGCUGUGCCUUUCUGCUGUACAUAAAUAUGAAAAAACACACAUGCUGUAAGUUUUCCCCAGAAUGUAUUAACCUUUCCAAAUAUGUCCAAAUAUACGUCUAACAGGAAGUAACACAAAAUUGUUUUUAGGUUUCAUUUCGAUCUUUGGUGUCUGUAGGUAUUAGUGUGUUUUAAUUCAUUUUAAAAAAUCGUUUAGGUUGAACUGACAGGUCACUUUGUCCGUUUGAAACACGCACUCUUUUGCCUCAGUGAUAUAUUUUUGGUGAAGAGUUUCAACUUAUUGUAACCAUUUGUCUUGUUUAUGUUCAUGAAGUCCUUUGAACAUUAAUCUGUCAGUGAAAUUGUAAGCAACACCAACUUAAGUCAUGUUUUGUACACUGUUAAGUAAAUUAAAUCCAUGUGAUUUUUUUUGCUA